UCAUUUUCCAUCUCUCAAAAGUCAAACGUGCAUUGUAUUUGAUGUCUCUGUUUCUUUGCCAAUUUUUGUUUCUUCAUUUUGUGUCAUGAUGAAAUGGAAGUCAUAUAUGUUACUAAAAAUGUCAAGGUCACUCACAAGGUAAGGAUUAAUUUGCCGCAAUUUAAGGAGACUGUGGGGGCAUAGUGUUUUACAAACACAACUCUAUCAGAUUUUUUUCGUGUACUGAUAAAAUAACUGCUACUUUCAAUUGAUUCGAUAUCCAAGAGAGAGAAAAACAUGAUCACAAAUGAGAGAUAUUUCUCUUUCUUCACAGAUACUGAUGAAUGUUUAAGCUCGCCCUGUGUACACGGGACAUGUACUGACGCCAUUAACAGUUUCUCUUGUUUCUGUGAGGCAGGAUACACGGGUUCUCUGUGUGAGAAAGAUAUUGGUGAUUGCGUGGGAUUUCCGUGUCAGAAUGGUACAUGUUUGGAUUUUAUUAAUAAUUACACGUGUACUUGUGAUGAUGGAUAUGCCGGCUAUAACUGUGAUAUAGAUAUUGAUGAAUGUUUAAGCUCGCCUUGUGUACACGGGACAUGUAGUGACGCCAUUAACAGUUUCUCUUGUUUCUGUGAGACAGGAUACACGGGUUUUCUGUGUGAGAAAGGUAAAUAAAAACUAACAUCUGAAGGGCGACAUCGCCAUUCAGCGA